GCUUCUCGGGGAUGAGGGCGCCUGGGGGACUAGGGGCCAUGGUGCUGAGGUGGCUGGGGGGCGGGGGAAGGCGGCCUCUCGCUAUAACUGCAGUUGUGAUGGGGGUGGUGGUGGUGGUGAAGACUGUGUUGUGUGUGAGGCGGAGGCAGAGGAGGGCGCGGUGGGGCGAGGCGGGCAAGGGCGUGGUGGUGCUGCAUAUCUUCCCCAGGGGCACGUCCUGUCCCAGCCUCUCCCCCUUCGUCGUUAAACUGGAGACCUACCUUCGCCUCGCCUGCAUCCCCUACCUGGUGGACUUCGAGAAGCCGCUGGGCCCUAAGGGGAAGUGCCCAUGGGUGAGUCUGGAUGGGGAGGAGAUAGGCGACUCCCACCUGAUCAUCCAACACCUGAGUGAGCGAUUUAACAGACACCUGAGCUCUCACCUGAGUGGCGAGCAGAGGGCCACGGCGCACGCCAUGAGGGUGAUGAUGGAGGAGCACUUCUUCUGGUGUAACGUGGUGUGGCGGUGGGUGGAGGACAGGAAGUGCACCGUGUCUUCCCUCACCCACUGGGGCACGCUGCUUCCCUUCCACCACGUGUACCGCCCCCUCGUGUCCCUCCUGCUGCGCCACCAGGCCUCGAUGCAGGGCGUGGGCAGACACUCGUGGCCCCAGGUGUACAGCAUGGCCUGGGAGGAUCUGCACGCCCUCUCUGUCUACUUGGGUGGGAAGAAAUACCUGACGGGGGACGAACUGACGGAGGAUGACUGCGGGGUGUUCGGGAUGCUGAGUCAGGUUGUGUGGUGCUCCCCCGGGUCCCCUCUCCUCUCAGCUGUGCAGGAUAACUUCCCCAACCUCAUUGUAUACUGCCAGCGCGUGAGGGAAAGACUGUGGCCAGACUGGAAUAGAUGUCUCAACCCGCCCCUUCCAGACAACUCCCUCCUGGACGCCAGUGUGUAGCAGGAGGAGGAGCACGAGGAGGAGGAGGAGGAGGAGGAGGAGGAGGAGGAGGAGGAGGAGGAG